AUGUCGACUGACGGGACGGGGCAUCUGGCCGGUGGUGAUAGUGGCGGUUGCGGCAAUUGUAAGUCAGCGCUCCUCGUCCUCGUCGUCCUCCUUGCACACCGCGACAAGACUACAAGGCCAAACCAAGCAUGCUCCCUCCCUGCUGGUUGCGGCAACGUCGAAAAGAAGCCGGCCCCCCGAGAGCUCACGCCACGCCAACUCUGGCCGCGACGUGAGGCUGCGCUAGUGGAACAGCUCUCGGCGAUUCUCGAUGCUGGGCCCCCGCAAUGGAGCCAAACACCCCUCCAUGUCCUGGGCCGCCGGCCGCCCAUUGGCACCACUUGCAUCACCAUCACGGCCGUCAUAAUUAAGUUGCUGCAGUAUAUUACCCAGACGCUCGCCGCUAACACUGCAGCAAGCUGGCGCAGCUCGUGCUCCACGACGCCAAGCUUCGUCUCCUCCAGCUCGCCUCGCCCGUCGCCGUUUUCUUCUCUCACCACUCUCCUCGCCUCCCGCCCAGACCUUGUGCUUCGCCUGCCGCCGAUUCCCUCGACAUUGGGCCCGUUUGCCUGA